AUGGUCCCGACGGACCCCGACCAGCCCAUCUGGGAGCACUGCUGUCGCACCAGGGCGUGCGCUCACCAGACUGGAGGGCACAAGGCCAUCGUGGAGAAGUACCGCGUGCCGAUACCGGGGAGGGAGAAGAAGAAGGGAACCAAACGCGCGUCGAAGAAGGCCAAGCGAGGGCGGUCACCGAAGAAGCACGACACCUUCGGGGCCUCGAACCUGGGCGGCGACGACGGAGACGGCGACCCCCCGGACGACGACCAGCGCCCGGGCGGCCCCAGCGGCGCGGCGGAGCAGCGCGGCAGCAGUGGGCAGGCCCCGCAGCAGCAGCGCCCGCCCUCCGCGCGCCCGACCAUGGACAUCGUGCUCGAGGAGAGCGGCGACAUCACCUUCAUGCCCACAUCCGGGCCUGCGGGGCGCCAGUUCAGCCGCUCGGACUCCAUGCACGUGCUCGGGCGGCCCAGGUCGUUCCAGCACCCAGCUACGCGGCGGACGGUGUCGUCGCUGUCGGGCUUCGGGGCCGGCGGGAUGGGCCCGAUGCGCUCCGCGAGCGCCGUCGGGGACGGUGCAGCCCAGCUGCGCGCGCGGGAGAGCUCGCGCCACCUGGCGCGCGAGGUGACGCUGUCUGGGCACCUGCGGCCGGAGGAGCAGGCCGCGGUGGACGAGGCGGCGGCGAGCGCGCAGGGCACGCAGGCGGGGAGCCGUCCGGUGUCGCGGCAGGCGUCGCUGCUGUCGCGGAUCGCGUCGCUGCGGUCGAUGAGGGCCUCGGAGCGGCUCGCGGGCGGGGCGAGCACGCGCAGCAUGGCGCUCGGCGGGCGCGCGAUGUCGCGGCAGGGGUCGAUGCGGGUCUCGAGCCCGGCGGUCGUGGCGGGGGGCGAGGCGCUCGCGCAGCGCGCGAUGUCCCGUCAGGCCUCGAUGCUCGGCGGGGCGCAGUCCGUGCGGGUGCCGACGCGCGGGCAGCUGGACCUGGGCGGCGACGCGGAGCAGCUGGGCGCGCAGGCGAGCAUGCGCGGGAUGCACCCGGGGGGCAUGAUGUCCCGUCAGGCGUCGAUGCUUGGCGGGGCGCGGUCGGUGCGGGUGCCGACGCGCGGGCAGCUGGACCUGGGCGGAGACGCGCCGCCCGUGGGCGCGCAGGCGAGCAUGCGCGGGAUGCACCCGGGGGGGGCCGGCCGCGCCGCGACGCGCCAGGACCUGCUGGCCCGACAGGCGACGGGCAUGUCGAUGCAGCCGUCCGUGAUCCGACUCGGGGACGACGAGGACGUCGCCGUCGUGGACGCGCCGCUCGGCGCGCAGGCGAGCAUGCGGAACGUGCUGCAGCCGGGCAGCCGCGCGGCGUCGCGGCAGGCGGUCCCGGCGGGCGCUGUGGAGCAGGGCCCCCCCGGGGCGCGGGCGAGCGUGCGGUCGAUGCAACCGGGCAGCCGUGUGGCGUCGCGCGCGUCGUCGAUGGUGCACCCUCGGAUGACGUUGGACGUCGAGGAGGCGGAGCGCACGCAGGGAGCGCAGGCCCCGGGGGGAGUCAGCGCGCGCAGCCUGGCUCCGGGGAGCCGGAUGGCGUCGCGCACGGCGUCCAUGGUGCGGCCCGGGGCUUCGCUGGACGUCGGGGGGUCGGAGCACGGCGGCGAGGCCAGCGUGCGCGAGAUGCAGCCGGGAAGCACCUUUGUGUCGCGGGAGGCCUCGAGGUCGUCGCAGCAGCCGUCGCGCAGGGCGGAAAGCAGCGUCGCGGGCGUCGAGGCCCUGGUGGGAGCGCAGGCGAGCAUGCGCCUCGCACAGCCGGAGGGCCGCACGACGUCGCAGGCGACGAUGCUGUCGCAGGCAGCGUCGAUGCGGACCUCGGAGUUCGCGGUCGAGGCGGCCGAGGAAGCGGCCCGGGAGCAGUUGGCGGCGCAGGGCAGCGUGGUCCAGCCCGGCAGCCGGGCGACGUCCCGCGCGGCGUCCAUGGUUCGCCCGGCCGCAACCCUCGACGUGGAUGAUGUUGGGGCGGUGGAGGUGCGGGGGGGAGUCAGCACGCGGAGCAUGCAGCCCGGGGGGCAGCCCGUGUCGCGACAGGCGUCGGCGAUGUCCGGUCGCGGGGCCAUGCGCGCUGCGGCGCAGGGCGAGCCUCUGGAGGCGGCGGUGCAAGGGGCGCCCGCUGGCGACCUGCGGGGCGGGGCGUCGCGGCACGCGUCGGCGCGGUCGGUUGGGCUGCCGGCGGGAGCGAGCGGCGCGCUCGUGAGGCCGGUCGGGUCGAGUGCCGGCGGCUCCGUGAGCCUGCGUGGUGCCGAAGACUCCGCGGGGCUGCGCCAGGUGUCGCACCGCUCGCAGGUCUCCGGAGAGGCGGACGUGCCGCAGGAGCUGUCGCUGCAGGAAGUGGCCGCUGGUCGGAGCGAGCGGAGCAUGCGCGGCGCCGGGGAGGAGCCGCACGUGGUGGGUGGGCCCAGCGCCAUGAGCGUGGGCGGGGUGUCUGUCCAGCAGAGCUGGCGCUCCGGGCCGCCGAUCGACGAGGAUGCAAGCGUACCGCCCAGGCCCGGCGUGCGCGGGCGGCCGCGCGAGGCCGCUGCGGCCGACGAGGAGCCGCUCGAGGCGCGGUGGGAGUCGGACGCGGACAGCGACGAGGAGCAGCACGUCGCGGAGGCGCCCCCGGCGCGUGCGGGCGCCGACGUGCCGCUGGCGGCGCGCGACACCACUGUGCUGGACCUGGGCCCGCGUGCCGGCGAGGAUGCGGUCGCGGGGCAGGAGGGGUACUAUUACGAGGACGCGUACGACUACGCGUACGACGACGACGCAGGGCAGGGGGAGUACUACGAGCCGGGCUACGGCGGCGCGUGGGAGGGCAUGGACGCGUACGCCCCUGCGGACGUCGCGUACGACGACGCGUACGCCCCGGACGCCCCGUUGACGAUGGAGGAUGUGGCCGAGUUGGUGACGGAGACGGCGGAGGACCUGCGGCUGCAGCAGGAGGAGCUGCAGGAGGUGCUCGAGACGGUGGCGGUGCUGGAGGACGGGCGCGAGGCGGACCGCGCGGAGCUGGAGCGCGAGCGGCGGCGCGCGGCGGUGAUGCGGGAGAUCGUCAAGGAGCAGCAGGCGCUGCUGCUGGAGACGUCGCCGAUGUUCCUGGCCGCGGUGGUGGCCGGGAGCGGGCCGCCCGGCGCGGCGGGGGGCGCGGCGGGGUCGUCGGCGGCGGAGGGCGUGAUCGCGGCGCGGCUGGCAAUGCUGGGCGACGACCUCGCGCAGCCGUUCGUGCCGCCCAGGGGAGACGCGGGGAAGAGCGAGGCGAUGGAGCAGUUGGCGGAGCUGGCCGGUUCGCUGCGCAAGGAGAUGACCGUGAAGGAGCAGGAGCUCGAGGAGGCCAAGUCGGCGGCGCGCACGCUCUCCCGCGAGGUGGACACGCUCCGGAGCCACCUGGACGCGUGCCUGGCUGGGAGCGGCGACGAGGGCGACGCGCUGCGCCAGGAGGUUGGGACGCUGCGCGCGGUCGUGGAGAAGCUGCGCGACCGCGUCGGCGCUGCGGAGAAGCGCGAGGACGACGCUCGGAAGGAGCUGAAGCGCGUGCAGGUGGUGCAUGCCGACGCGCUGGCGCAGCUGGCGCAGUGGAACGCGACGGCGGCGCUGCUGGAGGCCAAGGUUGCGGACGCGGUGCCGCGCGCUCUGGCGGCCGCGUCCGGCGAAGGCACGUCGGAGGACGAGAGCAGCCUUUCGCCCGCCAGCCAGUAUCAGUAG